CCCCAGUCUCUUUUCCGACGUGCGCGCAACAACACCUUCGUAAAGCCAAAGGCAAAGAAGCAGAGGAGCCCGCUUCCCGUGCUGUUCUGCCGACUUCUGCCGUCCUCUAAUCUAAAUAAUUCAUUUGAAAAUUUAAUUAAAAUGAUUCACGAAUCCUAAUAACAAUUAUAAUGUCAGAGCCUUUUCGCGGCUGGAUUGCUCUUCCAUAAAAUCCACAAGCCACAAGCCCCAAGCGCUAUAGCCCCCAAGGAGAUGCAAGUGUGUAAUAUGUUUCUGUUUCUGUUGCGACGCCAAAUUGCAUUUGCGGCCAGCACGCCGCCUCUCGAUCCCUAGAUCGUAUCAUACUAUAUAUGUUCUAUAUCAUCGUUUUCCAAAUAAUAUAUAAUUUUCCUGCUUUGGUGGACAAAUUUUGGUGGUCCACCCACUCUUCGACGCUAGUCAGCGUUCCUCCAAUGAUGCCAAUCCCAAUUAUCCAAAUAUUCAAAGUAAUUUUCGUGCUCUCAACAAUUGUCGCCGUCACAGAUUGUUGUUCGAGCCGGAUCUUACUUCUACGAGAGCAUACGCUUAACAUUGUGCAGCAUCAGCACAAUCACCUCCACGAGCACGCCCACGAGCUGCAGCAGCAGGAGAUGGCCUACGCCAGCCAGUGGGAGCUGCAACAGCUCCAGGAGCAACAGCUGCUGGAGGCAGCAGCCCAGGAGGCUGCGUUAGAAGCCAACCCAGAUCUGGAGCUAGGCAUAGAACCCAUCAGUGCCCAGUCGGUGGAGACGUCCACCGAAUCCAGUUUGGCUUCAGAGAUCCUUAGCUCCAGCACUUACUCCUGGUCAAUCGUAGACAGCAGCACACCCGUCACCUCCGAGAUCACGACUACGCCAUCCACCACAGUGACGCACACUGGAGAGCCGCCACCCGACCAGAGCUCACCCAGCACGUUCGCCGCAAGCCCAACCACCGUGCCCGCCGUAGACGAGGGCAAGAGGAAGAACGCCACCGAGGUCCAGCUACUGCCCUGUAGCGAGGAGUACAAGGCGAACUUCUGCCUGAACGGAGGACGCUGCUUCCACCAUCCGAUGGUCAACAGCAAGGUCCUGCACUCCUGCCUCUGCAAGGACGACUACGUGGGGGAGAGAUGCGAGUACAAGAACUGGAAUGGUGGCUUCGUCUACGUACCGCCGAUUGAGAAGCGCAAGGUCCGGAUGGCGCACAUCGUCUUCUCCUUCCCCGUGCUCAUCAUGCUCUCGUCCCUCUACGUGCUCUUCGCGGCCGUAUUUAUGCUCCGGAAUGUGCCGGACUAUCGCCAGAAACAGCAGCAGUUGCACCUGCGCAAGCAGCGCUUUUUUGUUAGGUGUUAGAUGCCUAUAGAGAUGAAGGAUCUCUCUCUCCAAUCCUGUACUUUGUUUUGGAAACAAUUUUUGGUUUCACUUUCGUAUUUGGGGAUUCAUUAUUUCUGUUUUUUUGUUGAAAUUCUAUGUUGACCAGGAUGUUGUCAGGAUGCCAUGUUGUUGGCGCUUUAAUUUAUUGAAUACAUUUAGUUUCUCUUAGUAGGAUUCUCUAUUUA